CAACGCUGACACGUCAUCAACGUGUUUGUUUUCUUCCGGGCUGAGCUGUCACUGCUUUAGCCGCCGACUGUCUUGUGUGGCCAAAAUGCUUACUCCGGAGGACUUUCCGGUGCAAAUGUGGGACCGGGUUCUGUCCAAGGUGAACCGGGCGGUGGUCUUCAUGGACGACCCCUGCGCGGAAGUCCUCCACUGGAGCGCUGGGGGUGCCGCCGCAUUGUUCGACGCCGGAGCCCGAAACGUGAAACAGUUCUCCAGCUUUGAGUCGUGUAGUGAGGACGAGCCCAAGGCGGUGUUUGUGGUGAGCACUUUGUUGAAGGGGCGCACAGUGGACACCCUGAAGGACAUCAUCUCGCUCAGCCGCCUGCAGUACUGCGUAGUGGUCACGGCCGUGUCCCACCCGCUGCACCUGCUCGCCAACAACGUGACGCCGGCGGCGGAUGCGGACGGCGCCGCGCCCGUCUUCGAGCAGCUGGAGGACAAGCUGUGCGAGUGGAUGGGCGACAUGAACUACACGGCCGAGGUCCUGCACGUGCCGUUGUCCUUCGCCCCCGUGUCCCAGCAGCUGCUCCUCGCCCCCGCCUUCGCCCGUCUCUUCCCGCUGCUGCCGCCGGACCUGCGCGCCCUCAACGCCAAGAGGCCAGAGAAGAAGCGCUUUGCCAGCCUGCUGGACGUGGACACGCCCGCGCUUCCCGCCGAGCUGCAGUUGGAGAUCAAGGCGCUGGCGGGGGCCUUGAACGCCCUGUUUGAGGCCACUGGCACCAGGGAGGAGAGCUUCGCCGUGGGCCCCAUGAGUCGCCUCAUCGCAGGGGAACUGGCCGCUCACCCCCAGGCCAAGAACCGCAGGAAGACGGCCCCCAAUAAGGCCUCCAUCAUCUUUGUCGACCGCACCAUGGACCUCACGGGUGCAGUCGGUCACCAUGGUGACAGUCUGGCAGAGAAGAUAUUGACAGUGCUGAAACCUCUGCCGGGUCACGUGACGGACGUGCACGUCGACAUGCGAGAACUGACCGACGUGCUGAUCUGUCCUGGUUCCGAGAGCUGCGUCGCACCGGGCUGCCUGGCGCAAACUCGAUCGCCCGCAGCCCGCUCGCUCUGGGAGGCAAUGCUCACCAGCAAGCACAAGGAAGGCGUGAUGGAGGUCCGACGGCAGUUGGUGGAAGCGGCCAGCAAGGAGAAGCUGCCCAUCAAGAUGAGCAUGGGCCGGGUGACCCCCGAGCAGCUGCGCUCCUAUGCGCGGCCGUUCCGAGGCGACGCGGGUGCGCUAGAGACUCACUGCGGGGUGCUCCAGCUGGGCCUGGCCACGACGCAGACUCUCCGACACCCCCUGUUACCCCGCUGGGACGCAUGCCUGGCCUUUGAGAGGCUGCUGCUGCAGGCUCUCGGAGAUGCCGACUUCGCUUCGGUGCUGAGUCAGAUGCUGCCCUUGAUGAAGCCCCGCGGAGGCCAGGACGACGAUGGCGCCGGCGGCUUCGCGGAGGACGAGUGCGGGCCCGACGAGCUGAUCCUUCUGCUGGUCUACUUGUACUCGCUGGCCGACGAGGCCCAGCCCGCCGAGCGGGAGGACGCACGGCCUGGGGGGAAGCUGGAGAAGCUGGAGAGGGAGCUGAUCGGAGGACUCACGUUGGCCAUCACCAGGGAGACCGCGCUCAGCCCCUUGCUGCAAAAACUCACAGGCUGUACACAAGUAGAGGAGCUCAGCAUUGAGCGGGUCCAUUCCGCACUUGAGCAUAUGUUCGAGACCCUCGGCGGGUUGAGCCACGCCCGAGAUCACCACAAGCAACUGCGUCAUGUCUACACGCCCAGCGACGGUGUCCACCAGGCUACCUAUCAACCUUUCCUACGUCAGAUCCUACAAGAAGUCUUCCACCCCGACAAGCACGAAUGUCCUGACAUCGAGCACAUGUCCGGGGGUCUCACGGACUUCCUUAAAACGGGCUUCAGCAUGUUCAUGAAGGUGAGCCGGCCGCACCCUAGCGACAACCCACUGCUCUUCCUCUUCCUGGUGGGCGGAGUCACACCCUCAGAGCUCCGCCUCAUCAAGGAAACCAUGGCUGCCUUAAAACCAGGAAGUCAGCCGCAGGUUCUGGUCGUGUCCACCAGGCUGCUGAGGCCCGCCGACGUUCCCGAGCUGCUCUUUGGUACCCAAAGACUGACGCCCGACAUCGGAGUAUGAGGCGGCCGACCAAAAAGUACUCACACACUGUACUUAAAUCAAAGUACAGAUAGUUUUGUUU